AUGUUCGACUCGAUUUUGCUAACGCAAGCCGAGCGAACCCGGUACAAUGCCCUCCAGCCUAAGAUAAGGAUAGAGGGCCGGGCGAAGGCGAGGGCGGGAUGGGGCGCUGGUGAAUCGGAGACGCCUGAUAGCGCCAAGCCGGACGCCGCCGCCGCCGACGCUGCCGAGGGGUGGGGGCCAACCCAGCCAGACGCCUGGCGAGACGGGGCGGCCGGGGACUUCAGCGAAGAGGAGAUUCGCGCUGCAUGGCUCGUCCCCGACAAUAGUAAGCCCGCUGCCGCGACCAAGGGCUUAAGAUCGGGACGCGUGGCCUCGACGGCGCCGUCGAACGUGCUUGUCCGGGACGCCGUGGCGAGGAUCCGGGCUAGAUCGCCAAAGGCCGAUCUAGUCCACGUCUACCCCUGGGAUGCGGAGCUCGCCAACGUUACGACGGCCGAUACAGCACCUCCCGAGGCCCCAGACGUUAACCGACUCAACAUGGCUAUGAAGCAGCUUGCCCUCCACGAGCACCGUAUUAGACUCCACCGCUUCGGCCAAACAUCGCCAGGGGCAGACCCGGCCUCCCUGUCGGAGCGAGCCAAGGCAAAGGCCCGUGGGAACCCCAUGGCGUAUGACCUCUUCCUAGAGGGCCUCCGGUGCAAGACGGCAGACCCAACCACUUUCAAGCAUAGGCUUACCGAAUUCCGCUAA